AUGCCCAAAUCAUCAGGCGGUGGCGCCCCAGGAAAUUGGCCGGACAUCAACGGGGUUGGCAUGAGUAUAGUUGCCUUCCGUCUCAAUGAAUGCGGGGCCGUUGCACCUCACGUACACUCAGAUGCUACUGAGUUUCAAACGGUUGUCAUGGGCGAAGGUGUGAUUGGCACUUACGGAGUGGGUGACAAUACGCUGAGAUUAGAGCACGUCAAAAUGGGAGAUAUAUUCUUUUUCUCAAGAAGCAGCAUGCACUUUCAAAUCAACGUGGGUUCCGAAGCGUUCGUUUCUGUAGGAGCUUUUGAUGUUUCACAGCCAACUGCCGCUCUAGUUGUUGGAUUUGUCGGGCAACUUGGUGAUGUUAAAAAAGCACUGGGUCUUGAUACUGAUUCGAGUAAAGAUACCGACGGCCUUGACGGAGUAUUCCCACAGUUCAAAAUGUCAAACUGCUAA